AUGUGGAUUAUAAUAAUAUUAUUUUUUAUUUUUAUAAUUUUAAAUUCUUUAAGAAAAAAAGUGUAUGGGAGAAAAAUUUAUGAGGAAAGAAAUGAAAAAGCUAUUGUUGUUACAGGUUGUGAUACAGAUAUUGGUCAUGAAUUAGCAUUAAAAUUUGCCUCCCAAUCUAAAACUGUUUUUGCUGCAUGUAGAACUAGAAAAGGAAUUGAGGAACUUGAAAGAGAAGGAAAACAAUUUAAAGGAAAAGUUCAUGCUUUUAUUAUGAGUGUUGAUACAAUGAAAGUUAUAAGAAAAAUUAUCAAUGUAUCUAGAAAAUAUUAA